AUGCAGCCCCUCGUCCUCCACGCCCACUCCUCGGGCCCCAACCCCAUCAAGAUCGCCAUCGCCCUCGAGGCCCUCGAGGUGCCCUACAAUGUCCAGCAGUGGCAGUUUGGCGACGACCCCACCAACGGCGUCAAGGGCGGGGCCUUUCUCAAGAUCAACGAGAAUGGACGCGUCCCCGCCCUCGAGGACCCCAACACGGGCGUCGUGUCCUGGGAGUCGGGCGCCAUCAUGAACUACGUCCGCCGUGUCUACGACAAGGCCAACAAGCUGGGCCCCGUCGGCGAGUCGGAGCAGGACAAGGUCGACUUUGACAAGUGGGAGUACUUUCUGCUCACGACCCUGGGACCCAUGUCGGGGCAGACCAACUGGUUCCGCCACUACAACGCCACCAAGAACGACGACGCGCUCAAGAGAUACUCGGAGCAGACCGAUCGCUGCUACGGCGUGCUCGAGGGCCAGCUGAAAAAGUCGGGCGGCCGCAGCGUGCUGCCUGGUCGCGUCACGGCCGUCGACUACCACUUUGAGCCGUGGCUGCGCCAGUUUGCGUUUGCCGGCUUGUCGCUCGACAAGUAUCCUAACACUAAGACAUGGCUGGACGAGAUGGCCGGCCGGAAGGAGGUCAAGCAGGCCUAUAGCAAGAUCAAGGGGGAAUGA